AUGGCCUUUUCGAAACCCACAAUUCCUUCACGGAGGCCCCAGAAACUACGGCUCUUCGUUUCCCAUGGCUGGACACCGAGGACUGCAAAAACGAAUCAGAGCGAUGUCUCGGGACGGACGAGUGGUGCACAAAUCAUUAUCACUCUGCCCACUACGACAAUGCAUCGCAGCCCUUUGAGGGCUGAGAUUUUUCUACAAGAGUUUGAAGGCGCCAUUGCGAAGGCUUUUGAAUCUAUGGCCGAGAAGGCUGUCUCCAGAUUACUUCAGGCGAGAUUCUAUAUACGGGGAUGUGAGAGCCUGCCAUCCACACGGGACACCGUUCUCGGCUAA